CGGCCGCGGUGAUUUCACAUCUGCCCCAAUGGCUUCCUCGCGCUUCGUGCAGCAGCUCGGCCAAGCGUUGCCAAAGGGUGUGAAGCUCUCAGUGCGGCACGUAGCUUGUCCGCCAACACCUUGCGAGCCCAUCUUCUCACCUCCUCCAGGUGAGGGUCCAGAGCCUACCAAAUGCGAGAACCACUUCCUUGCGGUGUCAAUUAGACCCGAGGAAGCUCCUACUGACACUGACAGCGAUGUCGAAUUAUUGAUACUCUCUAUUGAGGUUCUGGUGUACACCACUCGGCGGCUUGCUACCGUCUUUGUGUCUAAGGCCGACUCGACUGGCUAUCUCUACCUUCUAAACCAGCCGCGAGCAAAGUCGUUGACUAGAACCGUUUUCACCGUGUUUCUCUCUUCUCUCCUACGUGAGUAUCAGCGUCCAGGUAUUCGGCUUGUACUAUCUCUCUUCGCAAGGGCCCAAAGUCAGUAUUUGUUUCCUGGCAGCAUAGAGAAUGUGCGCAAACACGUCCUCGAUGAUCGUGGCUUGAUCAAAUGGUGGUGUCGCGUCUUCGACCCGAUCUUACGCGAUUUCGAGCCAGAAAAACACACCACAAACAAAUCAGCCCUGAAGGGGGAAGGACCAGACCAUGCUGAAGCUGUGAACACCACAGCCACCGCAUAUCUCAUUGUUCCCGGCCUCGACCAGCAUGAAACCAGAGCGCUGUUUCCCUCCACAGCAAGGCUUGAUCCUAAGGACAAACCGCGUUGGUUGAAUAGCCACCCGCUUUAUCAAGUGUGUGCGAACCCUGGAGCUCCUCCGCGAUGCCUCGUCCCUCGUUUUCCGGACGACCCCAAAGCGAGAUUCCUUGACGACCUCGAUGAGGAAAUAUUUGGUCACGCUACGACUUCCACCCGAAACAAAACACCUAAAUGCGUACGUGAUAUUAUCGACGUAACCGAAGCCUCGUCUCAAGACCACGCCGCUACCGGGCGGUGGCCAAGUGUCAAGUCUCUCGAAGAGUUCUGGGAAAUGAUGACGUUCAGACAAGAAUGCUCUGCAGGGAGACUAGUUGGGUUCAUAUGGAUGGUUGUUAAUCCUCCAGGUGUUUUAAAGUCAGAUGGGCUGGACAAAGUCGCUUCAGCGAGGACAGGUGAUCUGAUAGGGGGAUCGGUUAAUCCCGGACUCGAAUCAGUUGAAUCGGAGCCACAAACUACUCUUCCUAUUCGAUCGUCUACUGAUCGAAAUGGUGGUACCGUGUUAGGUAAUGAUGAACGUGAUGACAAGGCCCUUUCUCAAACAGAGGACACAUCGGCACCGAAAGCUAAGGAGCUCAUCACGACGGAAACGGGGCACCAGAUUAGUCCAUUUUCUCAAGAGAAGUACACCAUCCUUCUCAGCCCUGAGAACUAUGCCGCAUUAUCUGCUCUUCUACUAAAACUCGACUUCGCCGACAAGGGACUUGCGUUGACCAGCACAAAAUCGUGGCUUGAUAAACUCUCUUCGUUAUCAGGGCGAAGUAACCAUGGCGAGAUAGUAGCCGGUAUAAAUGAGCAACCGUCAGCGUCAGCGGAACACCCGGCAGAUCCGUCAAAUCCGCUGAAUAGUGGCCUGAUAUUCAAGAAACGCAAGCUUCAUUCGGACACCGAUUCAGCUUCAAUGCCUACGCAGCAGGAAUCUAGAACCUCUGUGAAUGUUUUGAGUGCUACGCUGAUACGAAAGAAAAAGAAAACUGGCUAGAUCACUGAUGGCGUCCGUGGUCGCGAAAAUACGGCACGUUUUAUGUCAAUUUUUUCUCAAAAUAUUCUACGAUGGGUUCUUACGACGGAGUUCUUUCACGGCUAGGCAUGGAAAGGGAUGUCUGGGGGCUUAUAGCGCAAAGACUGUGUCUGGAAUCCGAACUGCAUUUUAUAAAAAGGGCUUCGGACACUUCAGCAAUAAUUUCUGAAAAUGCUCCGAACACCCGACUUGGUGAGGUCUGGAGAAGGGCCAUAUUACGAUAAUUGUAUGGAGAAAUUCCCCCCCGUACAGGGUAGAGAAAUUAACAAGAGCAUAAACAUACUCACAAAAUCAG